AUGCCAUUAUCCACGCAGAUUCGCCGUAUCGCGGUCGUUGGCGCUGGCCCGGCCGGCCUUGCUGCUGUGAAAUAUCUAUUGGCUGAGAAUCGCUUCGACACAAUUGAUGUCUUUGAGCGAAGAAGUCAUUCGGGAGGAGUUUGGAACCAUAGCCCUGCAGCGCUCAAGGAAGCUGUCCCAACGCAAGUGCCGCAGCUCAGUUCGACUCAAACACUCGAGGAACCAGUCUGGCUUCCCAAGGGUGCAUCCAGAAAUGACCAAGAGCCCACCUUUAUCUCCCCAAUAUACGACACUUUGGAUACCAAUCUGCCAAAAGAGUUGAUGACGUUUGGCGAGAAACAGUUUCCAUCCGACGAGCAGGAUUUCCCAAGACAUUUCAUAGUGAAGGAUUAUGUGAGGGAUUAUGGGAAAGACAUCGAGAGACAUAUCCAGUUUGAGACCCAGGUGUUGGAUAUCCAAAAGGAUAGCGACGCAGGUUGGGUAGUGACGACACAAAGUCUGCGCAACGAGACCACAACAACUGCCUCUUAUGAUGCUGUUGUUGCUGCAAGUGGACAUUUCGAUGUCCCAUUUCUCCCGGAUAUUUCAGGCAUCGUGAGCUGGAAUAAUGCCUAUCCGGGAGUUAUCAUACACUCCAAGUUCUAUGACUCUCCGAAACCCUUCAGUGACAAGAAGGUUGUCGUUAUUGGAAGUUCGGCCUCGGGGCUUGAUAUCGGCAAUCAGAUUAACGAAGUCUGCAAAGGAAAGGUCCUCGCAUCACAGCGGACAGAUCUCUACCUGUCACCUUCGACCGCUACGGACAAGGCAUAUUACCCCGAGAUUGUAGAGUUCCUUCCGCCAGCUACUCACGAGAGGUCUGUCCGAUUUGCGGAUGGCAGAAUUGAGAGUGGCAUUGAUGCAAUUGUCUUCUGCACCGGGUUUCUCUACUCUUUUCCCUUCCUGUCCUCCCUCAAUCCCCCUGUCGUUACGCAUGGCCGCAGGGUAGAGAACACCUACCAGCAUAUUUUCUAUAUCCCGGAGCCUACCCUUGUCUUCCCCGUCCUGCCUCAAAGGAUCAUUCCCUUUCCAUUAUCUGAGAACCAGGCUGCCGUCAUCUCCCGUGUCUGGUCUGGUCGCCUCGAGCUCCCGUCCACAACCGAGAUGGAAUCAUGGGAAAGUUCAACUGUUGCCCAGAAAGGUGAUAGUACUGCAUUCCACCUUAUGCCCUAUCCACUAGAUGCCAAUUACAUGAACAUGCUCCAUGAUUGGGCAUCCACAGCCGAACCACGCGCUGGGCUUACCAAUGAUGGCAAUGGCAAGCAAUGCAAUCGCUGGAGUGAGAAAGAAAGGUGGAUGCGAGAAAUGGUCCCCGAGAUGCGCAAAGCAUUUUUUACAAAGGGCGAAGAGCGGCGCUCAAUUAAGACUCUGGAACAGCUUGGGUAUGACUUCAAAAGAUGGCGCAAUGAGCUGAAUCACUUUCCAUGA